AUGGAGAACGCUAAAGUACGCGGCAAUCAGCGCAAAAUGACGUUUCAGCGCCGCAAGAAACCCACGAACGCGCUGUGUGUUGACCCCUCGGCCGUGUCCACCCGCACGAGCACUUUUUUCGGCACGGUGGGAUCGCCUAUUAAAAUGGGCACUGCCGCUGCGGGGGCGGGGCGACGGGCGCUUAAGUUGCCGCAACGUCCAGCCCCAGUUGACGCGCCCGUGGACUCGGAAGCCGCAACUUUAGAUCUGAAUCAAAAAGCGGCUUUUCGUGAAGAGCUCCGUCGACAGCAAAAGGCCAAUCAACGGGCCGAACGGGCUGAACAGGCCAAUCAACGGGCGCCGCCACCAUCACCACCGCAGCUGCAACACGACAAGGAGCAAGUGCAACCGUUACAGUCGACGGCAGACGAGGCAUCAGUGGCCACGGUCCGCAAUGACCGCGGUCGCAAACCUGGCGGCCGUCGGAAUUCCACCGAGUUCAUAGGGCAACAUAUGGAACCCGUGCAGCAACUCAAACUCGACGGCGCGAAAAAGGCCAAAAUCCCGCACUUUCUCUCGGCCUGGUUCAAUGCGGGCCACGACGACAUAAAAGAGACGACGCCCGCAGCCGCUGUCGUGGACUCGAGUACUCCGAGUGACGACGUUGCGUCAUCGACCAACACGAACGAGACCAUUAUAAGUGGCCACGACAUUCACAACGAGCACCGCGUUGCGGCGGUGCAGGCAGCAAAGCGCGACGCUCUGGGGACGAAACUCCCGCCAGUUGUUGAUGCGGAAGUGGGUAAAGACAGGACAAGUGCAAUUGCAACCGCUGGUGCGGCUGGGAAACCCCGUGGAAACGGAUACCGUCAAAAUAUCAAUUUUCACGAGAUUACGCUCGGCCGUAUGAUUGGCGAAGGCGCGUUCGGCAAAGUGCACGAAGGCAAAUGGCAGAACAAGAGCGUGGCGGUCAAGCUGCUCAUUUGCCAGGACUUGCGCAGCGACAUUUUGAAUGAGUUCCAGUCCGAAGUCGAGAUCAUGAGCGUGCUGCGCCAUCCCAACAUUUGCCGCCUGCUGGGCGCGUGCAUGGAGCCGCCACAUCGCGCGCUCGUCGUCGAGUUGCUGCAGCGCGGCUCGUUGUGGGGCGUCUUGCGCAUGAACCGCAAGUCCAUUGACCAGGAGAUGCGGUCCCGCUUCAUCUACGACACGGCCAAGGGCAUGUCGUACUUGCACCACUUUGAGCGCCCGAUCUUGCACCGGGAUCUUAAGAGUCCGAAUCUAUUGGUGGAUAAGAAUUUCAACAUUAAACUGUCGGACUUUGGCCUCGCGCGGGUCAAGGCGCACGUGCAGACGAUGACGGGCAACUGUGGCACGGUGCAGUGGAUGGCGCCCGAAGUCUUGGGCAACCAGAAGUACACGGAGAAGGCCGACGUGUUUUCGUUUGGGAUCGUCAUUUGGGAGAUUGUCACGGGCGAGUGUCCGUACGACGGCAUGAGUCAGAUCCAGGCAGCGCUGGGCGUGCUCAACCGCAACUUGCGGCCCAACAUCCCGCGGGACUGUCCGCCCUUUUUCUCGCGCUUGAUGAAGGCGUGUUGGAACCGGCAGCCAGAGUUGCGGCCGAGUUUUCCGCACAUUGUCAAUGCUUUUCGCACGUAUCAGAGCUCCAUCUCGGAGUCACGGGCGACGAGCAGCGCAGCGGCAUCUGCGAAGGCGGCGAUGGCUGCAUCUGUGGCUGCGUCGUAG